GAUUCUCGAAUUAUCAUGAGCAACGUUCCCAGAUCUUUAACCGACUCUUCUUUGACUCUUUUCAAGCUCGCCAUUUCUGCAUCUGAUCCCUGCAAUAACCAUAAACACCAUGUGAAUUUUCACCUUCAUCAUCAUCAUCGUCGACAUGAGAAGAAGGAGGUGAAAGAUAUCCCGAAAGGGUGUGUGGCGAUCAUGGUGGGUCCAGGGGAGGAGCAGCAGCGGUUCGUGAUCCCGGUGAUUUACAUCAACCACCCGCUCUUCAUGCAGCUGCUCAAGGUGGCCGAGGAAGAGUAUGGAUUCCACCAGAAAGGUCCCAUCACCAUCCCUUGCCACGUGGAGGAGUUUCGCAACGUUCAAGGCAUGAUCGAUAAAGAUCGUCUUCGUCGUCAUCACCAUCACCACCACUACGUCUGGUGUUUUAGGGUUUGAAGAAUAGUGUUCGUGUAUAUUUGAUUCCAAAAUGAUGAAUGACAUUUGGAUUGCCUUUU